UGAACGUUUGUUUAAAUUUACUUUUAUUUCAGAACAUGGUGUAUUACAAAAUAUCACAUGUUGAUGGUCGGAUAACUAAUCCAGAGCAAAGAAUUGCCAGUGAUGUUCCAAGGUUCUGUUCAGAGUUAAGUGAGAUUAUACAGGAUGACCUAACUGCGGUGACUGAUGGCCUGCUAUACUCUUGGCGGCUUUGUUCAUAUGCAAGCCCUAAAUAUAUCUUCUGGAUAUUGGCCUAUGUACUCGGAGCUGGGGCUACAAUCAGAAACUUUUCUCCUGCUUUUGGUAAACUUAUGUCCAGAGAGCAGGAAUUGGAAGGAGAGUAUCGGCAGCUUCACUCACGGUUAAGGACUCACUCAGAAAGUAUAGCAUUUUAUGGUGGAGAGAGGAGAGAAGAAGCUCAUAUUCAACAGAAGUUUAGGACCUUAUUUAGACACAUUAAGAGAGUGCUACAUGACCAUUGGUGGUUUGGCAUGAUUCAGGAUUUUUUAUUGAAGUACCUUGGUGCUACUGUUGCUGUUAUUUUGAUUAUUGAACCUUUCUUUUCUGGCCAUCUAAGGCCUGACAGUUCAACUUUAGGGCGUGCAGAGAUGCUAAGCAAUCUGAGAUAUCAUACUAGUGUCAUUAUUUCCCUUUUUCAAUCUCUAGGAACUCUUUCCAUUAGUGCAAGACGGCUGAACCGACUCAGUGGUUAUGCUGAUCGUAUUCAUGAGUUAAUGGCCAUAUCAAGAGAGUUAAGCUUGGAGAAUGAGAACUUUUCACUGCAAAGACAAGGAAGUAGAAAUUGCAUAAGUGAAGCUAACUACGUUGGAUUUUAUGGUGUCAAGGUUGUGACCCCUAAUGGUAAUGUAUUAGUGGAUGAUCUAACUCUCAAGGUUGAGCCAGGAUCAAAUCUUUUGAUUACAGGUCCAAAUGGAAGUGGAAAGAGCUCAUUAUUCCGGGUUUUAGGAGGUCUUUGGCCCUUGGUAUCUGGACAUAUUGUGAAACCAGGAGUAGGAUCUGAUCUUAAUAAAGAAAUCUUUUAUGUGCCACAUAGACCAUAUACUGCUGUAGGAACACUACGUGAUCAGUUAAUUUAUCCUCUUACUGCCGAUCAAGAGGAUGAACCACUUACAAAUGGUGGGAUGGUGGAGCUAUUGAAAAAUGUUGAUCUUGAGUAUCUAUUAGAUCGAUAUCCACCUGAAAAAGAGGUAAACUGGGGUGAUGAACUUUCAUUGGGUGAGCAACAAAGGUUAGGCAUGGCUAGACUUUUCUACCAUAAGCCUAAGUUUGCCAUUCUUGAUGAGUGCACAAGUGCUGUCACAACUGAUAUGGAAGAACGAUUUUGUGCUAAAGUUCGGGCUAUGGGUACAUCAUGUAUUACCAUAUCACAUCGUCCAGCAUUAGUUGCGUUCCAUGAUGUGGUUUUGUCCUUAGAUGGUGAGGGAGGCUGGAGUGUUCAUCAUAGAAGUGAGGACUCUUCUACCGCAUUACAAAAUAAUACAAUGAAGGCAUUGGAGACAAACAGACAGAAUGAUGCCAAGGCAGUUCAAAGAGCAUUUGCUAUGCAUAAAAAGGAUUCUGCAUUCUCGAAUUCAAAGGCACAAUCAUAUAUUACAGAAGUGAUAGCAUCAUCUCCAUCUACGAAACAUACUGCUUCAUCUGCUGUUCCCCAACUUUGUGGUAAUUCAAGGGCACUGCCAAUGAGAGUAGCUGCCAUGUGCAAAGUAUUGGUGCCCACCAUAUUUGAUAAACAAGGAGCACGACUGCUUGCUGUUGUUAUUCUUGUUGUUUCAAGGACCUGGGUGUCAGAUCGGAUUGCAUCACUGAAUGGUACUACUGUAAAGCUUGUUUUGGAGCAGGAUAAAGUUUCCUUUAUUCGAUUAAUUGGUACAAGUGUUCUCCAAAGUGCUGCAUCUUCUUUCAUUGCGCCUUCUAUAAGACACUUGACUGCGAGGCUUGCUCUUGGUGGGCGGAUUCGUUUGACACAACAUCUACUCCAGAACUAUUUAAGAAACAAUGGAUUUUACAAGGUCUUCCACAUGGCAAGCAAAAAUAUUGAUGCUGAUCAAAGGAUAACUCAUGACUUGGAGAAGUUAACAACAGACUUGUCAGGACUGGUCACUGGAAUGGUAAAGCCAUCUGUGGAUAUUUUAUGGUUCACUUGGAGAAUGAAGCUGUUAACAGGUCGGAGGGGAGUUGCCAUACUCUAUGCUUACAUGUUCCUUGGUCUGGGAUUUCUAAGAACUGUAACUCCAGAAUUUGGCGAUUUGAUAAGUCAAGAACAACAACUUGAAGGAACAUUUAGGUUCAUGCAUGAAAGACUUUGUACUCAUGCUGAAUCUGUUGCUUUCUUUGGAGGCGGUUUUCGAGAAAAAGCUAUGGUCGAGUCUAGAUUCAGGGAACUUCUCACUCACUCCAAGUUACUUUUAAAAAGGAAGUGGCUGUUUGGUAUCCUGGAUGAUUUUAUCACUAAGCAACUUCCACAUAAUGUGACUUGGGGCUUAAGCUUGUUAUAUGCCAUGGAACACAAGGGAGACCGUGCUUCAAUAACCACCCAGGGUGAACUGGCACAUGCACUGAGGUUUUUGGCUUCUGUAGUUUCUCAAAGCUUUUUAGCUUUUGGUGAUAUUCUUGAAUUGCAUAGAAAGUUUGUAGAGCUCUCUGGUGGAGUUAACAGGAUUUUUGAGCUUGAAGAACUUCUGGAUGCGGCACAAUCUGAGGAUUUCACGAGUCUUAGUUCUAUACCUCCAGUGAGGGAUGUUCAUUCCACUGAUGUCAUUUCCUUCUCAAAAGUUGAUAUCAUAACCCCUGCUCAAAAGAUGUUGGCUAGGGAAUUAAUAUGCGACAUUGAGGGUGGGAGAAGCCUACUUGUUACUGGUCCGAAUGGAAGUGGAAAAAGUUCCAUUUUCAGAGUUCUUAGAGGACUCUGGCCAAUAGCCAGUGGAAGACUCUCUAAACCAUCCGAGGUUGAGGAUCAAGAGACUGGAUCCGGUUGUGGCAUCUUUUAUGUUCCUCAACGGCCAUAUACAUGUUUGGGAACCCUAAGGGAUCAGAUUAUAUAUCCCCUUUCCCGUGAGGAGGCAGAGGUUAAGGCACUGAAAAUGUAUGGAAAAGGUAAAAUAUCUUUGGCGCAAGAAACACGGCAGGGCUUAAAAAUUCCAUUAUGAGUAAAAGUGAAGUUUCUGACCAUACAUUAUAUAGCAAGUUGGUAAAUCCGCUUUGAUUUUCUAUUCAAUGGUUAAAGUGUGUCGUACUCUUUCUUU